CUUCUCGUCUCUUCUGCAGAAUCCAGCUCAUGCAGUACGUUAUAUACGGCAUCGCCUGCUUCUUCUUCUUGUACGGCAUCAUUCUGCUCGCCGAGGGGUUUUACACCAGCAGCGCCGUCAAAGAGCUCCACAGCGAGUUCAAGACCACCGUCUGCGGACGCUGCAUCAGCGGCAUGUUCGUGCUCCUGACCUACAUCCUGGGAAUCGCCUGGCUCGGGGUUUUCGGCUUCUCGGCGGUUCCUGUGUUCCUUUUCUACAACGUGAGGUCGACCUGCGCUGCCAUGCGCUCACCGAUGGCCAACCUGACCUCCGUCGACAGCAUCUGCGUGGAUGUGCGGCAGUACGGCAUUAUUCCAUGGAACGCAACACCGGGCAAAGCUUGCGGCUCAACGCUAGCUGAUAUCUGCAACACCAGCGAAGUAUGAAAACACAUCUGUCACACUCUAGU